AUGUCACCUAAAUCUACGGGGGCUCCUUCGUCGUCUUCUUCCUCUCGCCCGUCCACCCCCGCAUCUCGUCCUCAUCCUCGGAAACCCAAAUUCAGCGCCUUUUCACGAUCGCACUCGCCCUUGGAGAGCAGUCAGACCAAUUUUUACGAUACCCACCGUCCUUUUCAUUUGGCUUCCACCGCACUGUCUGCAGCUCACGCGGCAGGCAUGGCCAAUUUUACCCGCAACUUUAGCCCUGCUGGUUCAGGUGCGAGGCACAAUCCUACGGGAGGCAUAUUCGCCACGACCACCGCCGUUCAACAACACAUUUAUCGUCUCGAACGUGAUCUGGAAAAAUUAUUUCGUAAUCUAAGCGUCCGAAAUCGUCAGGCCAGUUUCGUUGCAUCCACUACUAACCUGUCGGACACCAGCAAGAACGAUCCCAGUAACAAAUCAUCGCCUUCUUUCAAACGUACCUUAUUUGCAAGACAGUCCAGAACUGAUCCAUUCCGUUCGCCUAUGCCUUCCAGCUCACAAAUGACGUUUGCCAUCAACGAAGAUAUGCGAUCCAAUGAAACACAUAUUUCUCGCAUCAUGACCUCGUUAAUGGAUACCAUGCAGAAACACAAGUUGGCAACAUGGCUUCCUUUAGCACAAGAUAUCCUGGCCAUUCUUUCCCUUCCAUUCGACCAAAAGCCGCUUAAAGUGGAUGAUUGCAAACAAGCGCUGGACGUAUUUGAUUAUAUUCGCGAACAUUUUAAGCAAGUCGAUCCGAGACUUCGUAUUAUUUCCACGCUCAAACUUUUGCUAGCCCCAUGCAUGGGCAAUCCCACCUUGAUUCCAUCCACACCUUAUGCGUUUCAUUCGCUUGUUUAUGCACUUGUCAAUGGCUUGGUCCACCGCAGCGCUCAGUCUUCCCCGCACGAUCGACCUAUUUCUCAAGAUCAGCACGAGUACGAGCAUAUUCGAGCCAGCGUGCUGAAUAUGUUUGACAGCUUAGCCAAUGGUGAUAUGAUCCCGGUCCAUGGAUCAUCCAAUUGGGUUCACUAUCAUCAAUCUACCGAAGAUACCAUACCAAAGCUGGUCGCCAAACUAUGUGUCAUCGAAGCCCUUUGUCGUAUGCUGAUGGUGGGUGGAGGAACUCAAAUCAAUCCAUACGUGGGAAAUGCAGAUAAUUCGUGGGCUGUUACCGUCCGGCAACGAAAUAGAGAUCGCAUCAUCCUACAGGAACUUUUACCGCGCUAUUGGAUUGAACCUGGUCCAGACACUCGUAUGGGUUUUCGUUUGAUUAUAUUCAUUUUAACUGAAGUUGCCGCCGAAAAGUUUCUCGCUGCCACAGUAGAAGAUUUAAAAUACGAGGAUUCUACGGUAUCGUUAAUUCUCCAAUUCGUGCAAGAGAAAUUGGUGGCUUCGAAAUUACAGGUAUACUUGACGGAACCGCGAACGGAUGUGGUCGACAAGGUGGUGACCACCAACGUAAUUUCCAUGUUACUGGCGAGCUUAUCGAUUGCCAGUUUGGAAAUCCCACCGAAAAUUGAGCCUCGAUCCCCCAGCUUGAGUCCUCAGUUAUCCGUUACAGAGUUUCCCGCGAGUGAUACAGCCAGUUUAUGGACUAAUAACGAUAAAACCGAUCAAGCCAGUGUCUACAGCUCGACGAACCUCAGUGACGCUCCCGGAGUAAGACAGUCCUUGAACGCCCUCAAGCAAAUGAUUGAAGAGUGCUGGCAGGUGGGCUACCAAGACUUUAUCUUGAACGGCGUCGAAGCCAUGUUGGAAGACGCUACCAGCGAACGCGUGGUACGAGUGUUUGAAAAUCUGUCGUUCCACAUUGACAGCACCAUAGGUGAAGAGAUAGUGAAAAGGACUCUGCCGACCCUGUUUCGUCGCUUGACCGCGACUUACCCGUCGCCUAUUUCUUCUCUUUGCAAGUUGCUCGUCCAGUUAUCCAAACGUCAUCGCCCCGCAUUUUACAAACCGGUGGUUGCCUGUGUAGCUUGCAAUGAUAAAGAGAAGGUGGUCAGUUACCUCACGCUUCUUUCUUGUUUAAGACGGUACAUGUCCGGCGUUGAUCUUUGGAUGGUCGACUCCGAGAUGAUAACUGUGCUUCUUCUAAGCGACGUGGGCAAGAAGAAAAAACAACCACAACGACAGAAGAACCAACCCGCUUCACCCUCUUCGGGACCUCCGGGGGACACUCAACAACAUCAUGCCCAGGUCGAGUGGGGAAGCACGUCACUGGGUCAAUGUGCGAUUGCUGCGGAAUUCAUGUGGGCCAUCAAAGAGUUACGAGCCAAACAGCAUGACCCGUCGAGAAACAUGGAAGAGGAUGAAAUUGCCAAGAAAUUCCUGAUCGAUCUGGAGAGACGGUUCUCCGUUUUCAUGGCAGCCAAGGAGAAAUCAAUCCUCAUUCCCAUCACGCUGCGUGUCAUUUUGUGCAAUAUUUUUCUCGACAUUCGCUUUUUCUGCAACACCACGCAUCGACCCGGAUGGCUCAGUCGGGCCAUUGAAUGGACGAUUCAACCCGUGGUUCCUACAGUCAACGCAUUCCUCACAUCCAGUCACCAUGCCGAUCAGGGCAUGGAGUCUGGCACUGAUAGCCGAUUGUCUCGUGCGUCCUCAGGAACCUUGCAUGUGUGGCAUUUGGAAGAGAUGGCAACAAAGUUUGAGACUUUACAUGAGGUAUAUAAGGUGAUUGUCGAACAAUUGCAGCAUGAAUCGAGUGCCUAUCACGAUUAUACCGAUCAGCCCGCGAGCGCGAUACCCAAGGAAGGCUAUUCUUAUUCCGAACGACAGAAAGUGGAUGAUCUCAUUGAUACCACCAUGCAUGGCGACGCCGCGGACCGGAUGCUGACUAUCCGUAACCGACGUCAGCUUACGAUUCAAUCCAUCUAUCCGAUCAGCCGUACCACCGCUUCCUCCUUGGAUAUUCAGCCCCCGUCCUUGUCUGUUAAAAGAGGCGGCAUCCAUCAAGAAGGUCCCGCCACCGUGUUGGCCAAAACUCGUGUCGAAAACAUAAAAUCCAUGAAUCAAGAUGCGUUCGGGUCGGUCCUUUCCUUGUUGGUGGCUGUAUUCACCACACUUGUGCCUCAGGAAUACAGUCGUCUCGCUCGUCCCUUGUGGGAUUGCUUUAUCGACAAUCCGAAUACCCUGGCGGCGGUCCCUGCCGCCUUUUUGUUAAUGCAAUGCGGUGAAAAAAUUCCAAAGACAGUAACCGAUAUUACCACCCAUGAUCUUUACUGCUAUAUUCCUGUUUCAUCGAGAAAACGGCCUUUUCGUGGCGAUAGCGGGGCGUUCUCGACCCCGUUUGUGCCAACCGAUCUGGGAAGUGAUCAAAUGACGAUGGAUGAACCUCGAUGGAUGGCCAAGUUGAAGAACACAAACAACUUUCCCAUUGAAUUGAAGCGGCAAAUUCAGGAAUUAGGCUGGGGCGAUGACGAUCAGGGCGAAGAGCAUGAAGCAUUGAAAAAGGUUCUCAUCCCGCUUGGGGUGCUACCGUCCCUUUUCAUGACGGAAGAUGAAGAUGAAAUAGAGGAUGGCGUCAACGAAGGCCCUCGAGCGAAUGGUGACGGCCGCCCUGAAGGGAAACGCAUUGAUGUCACGAAAAUUAUUACAAGAAAGAAACGCGCCGCGGCGGUGCACUCGUUGACGAUCGCUUUUGUCAGCAUGGUGGAUUUGCUCAAUGACAAUUACGGUGGCAAUUUCAAUGCGCUUCACGAGUUGUUGGAGUAUGUAAUGCGAGACGAUGCGGCUUUGUUCCUGCGCGUAUUCCUCAACGAUCUCGGCAAACACAAGCCGGACCAUCACCGCGACAUCUUGACCCGCGUGCGGUAUUUGAUCGGAAUGCAAGCAAAACUGCCGCCUGGGUUUACGCAUAUCUUGUUCAACUAUUUGGCGGGGAUGUUAAAAUGGUUGGCACGAGAGAACAAAGCCGACGGGUUACUGCUCAUGACGUUGAUCCAUCCGAUCCUUACCGAGUUGAUGAUUUCCACCAAUGAAAUCUCUUUGCGAGAUCUGCGCAAAAACAAGAUUGAGCUCAUUCUGGUGAGCAGCGGUCGAUUCUGGUUUACGCAGGAGCAGCAACCGGCGGCCAUGUUUCCACAUGAAUUGACCGACACACGUUCCCCUUUUACCAUUUUGGAUAUUCCCUGGGAUAUAUUUGCCGUGUCCUUGGUUCGCAUUAGCCAUUUGCAGCUGUUGACCAAUUUCCUCAUCCGAUACCCGCGUGAAGUAUAUGCUGUCAAAAAAUCGGUGCAGAAUUACGAGCAUACCCCGAUUCCUGGCAUGCCGGCCCCUGGUGCCAGUAUCGAAUCGGACGAUUAUUAUUUCCCAAACCUCGACUUGCGCAAACGCCGCGACAGUGAAAUCAUCUUUGAAGACGAGGAAGCCUCCGCUACCGCCUACUACGAGGAAAUCAAGCCCCAACGACGACCGACGCAGCAAGUCGAGGACAUCAGGAACCUGGCUGUCCUGCGGGCCCGUGUAUGGCUUCGCUUUAUCGACAUCUUGCUGACUGGUCUGAAUAAGAAUUACAAUGACCGUGCCGAGUUUGAAAACAUUUUGCGAUCCGUCAACAGUAUCAUUAUCGAACAUGCGAACGAUUUUGGAAUCCUUGGCCAGGCCGUCCUAUUGUAUACACGUGUGGUGACUCGAUUUAAGCGGUUGUUUGUGUCCAGUCAUGGUUACAGCGCAUUUUUGCCUGCUCUUUUCAAAGUGUUUUGCGAAAUGGACCGCUACCCGCAUGUAAGGUCGGCCAUCACGUUUGCUUGGUGUCGAUUCUAUGCGGUGCACGAAGAAGCGUUUGUAUUUCAAAUGUUGGGUGUCUUGGUACCUCUGAUUCUCAAGGGAUAUUCGAAAUCCGUACGCCUGGGGGCUUGGAUGACGGAUAAUUUGUUUGCAUUGAUGCAAGCCAUGAAUAACCCACCGCCAUUGGGGUCGACAUCGGACGUGCUUGGCCUUCAGCUGCAGGUGGAAUUGGAUGAUCUCGAGCGCAAUAUCCACGAACAGAUCGAUAUCGUCAGCAAUCCACUUGCGGUUCCUCUGUCGACGUCGCUCCUCAAACCGUUGAAACGCAGCAUGGCCGUACCGAUGGUGGCGCCCGAGAUCAACCACUACAAGAAUAUUCCAUUUCCUUUGCAAAAUUUCGUCAAACUGUUUCUCACCAUCAUUGCGUAUGAUCCCGGUUCACUGCGUGCCGAACAAUUUGUCAAGAUGUUUCGUCACAUGCUGCCUCGCUUCUUUAAAUUGGGGGGUUUGAAAGACUUGAUGACGGAAGGCAUUGUGGCCUUGAUUGACGUUUUUGUCAAAUUCAGCAAGAGCGGACGACCCGUGUUUGGAGGGUUGGGAGGAGGCGGUGGCGCGUCUUCGUCGGGCCAAGCGAAUCAUGCUCAUCAGGGCAACGAAGCCAAUGCCACCACGAGCGAAGAUCGUCGCGCAUCCACAGGGGGGACCAUCAAUGAUUCGACCCAGCACGCGUACGGCAAACAAUGGCAGCAAAACGAUCGCCUUACCAUCAAGAAGGAAUUUGUUCUGUUGGUGCAUGAAUAUUUUAAAAACGGGGGCACGUUGUCCGAGGUAAAUCAUGAAAAGAUGGCGAUGAUUAUCAGAAGUAUUUUACGAGAAUAUGGCGCGCUCCGGGGCCACCUUUGUUCUACGGACUGGAUCAAGAUUUAUCUAGUGGAUUGUUUGAAUUCCAUGGUGGAUAUGAAUCUGCGAAAUUAUACCAAAGCUUUCAAAAAGCUCCUUACCCAAAUCUAUACGCAAUAUCGAUCUCAGUGGAAAACGGUGGAUGGGGCAGAUUUGUAUGAAGGAUUGGCGAUUGUUCUCGAACGAGGUCAAGGCAAGGCGGUCAACAUGCAUGAUAUUGCAGGAUUGAUCAAAGACCGAUUCGUGCUAUUUGGUUUAUCGUUGGCCGCACGUCAAGCGUGGGCCAAUGAGACCGAACGUCAAUCCCGGUUCUAUCAAGCACUCGUGCGGGUGAUCGUGGCCAUUAUGGAGAAUUCUACCCAGGAUGUGCUGGAAACCAUCGAGGCGCUUGCGCCGUCGUCUUUCCUGAUGGGCAAAAUUGUGGUACCCAUUGCGCUUCAGUUUGGGUUGCAGUGGAGUUCGCCUACAGUGUCUGCCAAUCAGAAAUACCGGCCGGAUCCCACCAGUCACUGGAUGCGAUUACUAGGCUACAUUUCGCGAGCAUGCCACCAAGCAUCGCUGCUCAAAGGCAAAGCCCCCGGAUUUUUACUGACGGCGUUGACAUCGAAUAUGGCGCAGAGUACGAAUCCAGAACUGGGCGAGACAUCGGAAAUACCAGAAGACGUCGUCAAGCAACCGCCCAUGGAUAUUGCACUUUUGCUUUCCAUGAGUCUCACGGCGCUGCAAGUGGUGCUCAUCCGGGGCGCUGCCUCGUUUGAUAAAAUGAAAGGCGCAUGGAUGCAAGUGGCGCAUUUUUUGAAAGGCACUUUGAUCUUUGCCCAGUCUCUGAAAUCACUGAAACCACGUACGAGCGGUUCCGGUCGAUCGAGUCCGCAUCUGCUACCAAGUUCGCCGGGAUUUUCUCCUUUGCCAUGGUCACUCGGUCCUAGUUCGCCGGGUCCUCGUACGUCGGUGGCCGGCAGUGCGGUCGGUUCGACGGCUACGGUGUAUGAUUUCGCGACCUGGCGUCUUUUGGAGUUUAUUGUCAGCUACCGCAGUCCACUGAUCCUGUCGCUAAGGGGCUACAUCCAUGAAAAAUUACGUGACGGGAAUUCAAGUUCAUAUCCACGAAGUUCGUCCGUAUACAGUACGAGUCCGCGAACGAGCGGUUAUGCGCAGCAUUCACCCGCGCCGACGAUGGAUUCGCAAGGUCGACGAUCGCGUUGGCGAAGUUGGGGCGGAGGAUCAUCGUCGUCGCCGAAAGAAACUGUGCCUGCCGUCAAUAUCAUUGGGCCAUCUGAAGGUGAGACGGAAGCAAAGAGCUCUGUGGCUCCGGCAUCGUCUCCAACGUGUGGCCUGGGUUUGCACAUUCCUUCCACACGCAGUGUACCUCCUUCACCGAGUUCACCCUCUUUAUCUGUCCACGCCGCGUCUUCCCCGGGAGGAUCCGAUACCGAAGCAGAGCCCGGAUUAGGUGGACCACGCAGCAGCUCGUCCAAUCUUUCUGCCAACGAUGCGGCACGGGCCUUAUUACAAACAUCAGAAGAAUCGGCCGAAUCGCAAAAGGUGUCACCGACACUGCACAGCGUUUACGCCGAAAGUAUCACGGCCAUGACGAACGUGCAAACCGUGAUGGGAUACCGUCCAACGCUCACUUGGGCCGCCGAAACAUCCCAUGGCCGAGUACGACCGUGGACUUACUCUGAGGCUGUCAAAAAGACCAUUGCCGGGUGGCAGUUGCUGCUGCAACUGUGUCAAGAGCUGGAGGUCGAUGACAGUGCUGUACGAUCUCAGAUCAAUAUCGAGUAG